AUCUCCAGAGUAUCUCAAGUUUUGCGAGGGACCUCGAGAUAAACCUGAGAUGGAGCUCGCGGGCCGAACGGACCCUUAUAUCCUUCCAUUAUCUCACUGUCUGGCCCAGUUCACCUCAUCAGAUCCAAGUAUUUCAACCCGGACAGCUCUUGGAUUAAAACUUUUUGUAGCUAUCGUCUCAAAUCAAAAUUGAAUCAAAAGAGGCACACGCUUUCGCUCACAGAGAAACACCAGAAAUUAUAACCAAAUCCAACAAUGGUUCAACAUCACCGGGUCGUAUGUUUAGUUGACGUACAAAUCCCCCACGGCACUAAAGUCCCCUCCAGACUCGACAUAUUUGUCGACUCGGAGACCGCGACAGUAGCGUACCUCGGCCGCCAGAUUCUCGAAAAACUUAAAUGCGAAAACGUCACUCUUGCAGCUGUCUUUUUCGAAAAAGAGUUUUUCGACGCCAGCAAAAAUCAAGAUAUUUUGUUGAAGAACGUUCUAGAGAAAGGGAACAAUCAGCACCGAUACAUCGUUUUUGAUGUUCAUCUUAAGGUCUCCAACCCGAAGCACUACACGAUUAGAGAUGGGUGUGCUACUGCUGCUGGGGCUGCUUAUGGUUCGACGAUGUUUCUCGGCGUCCUCAACGCGGUGGGAUUUCAAGCUACAGGCAUUGCCGCCGGAUCUUAUGCUGCUAUGUGGAUGUCGUGGAUCGGUGCAGUUGCGUCGGGUAGCGUUUUUGCGACUUUCCAGAGCGUCGCGGCGGCCGGUUUAGGUCCAAUUGGCCUCGCAAUUACAAGCGUUGUGGGGGGCUUGGUUGGAUUCGGUAUCAGUAGGCUUGCGUAAAAUGAACAAUAACUGAGGUGGCGAUACGUUCAAAGAUAGCCGACAUUAGCAUCGCCGGAACUCGUCCAGGAUGUCGACCGCCCGAGGUAUAGCAUGCCAACAACAGUCGACCUUCUUGUCCUCAAAAGUCUUUUUCAUCCGAUUGUAGACAUAAAAGUUAAAUCAUGAAGGUCCCAAUUUAGCCUCUUGCCCAUGCUCUCCACGCUUUAAUUUUUGAAUUCAUAUCCAAUGAGAACCUACUUCUGAGCCAAGUCUCGAUGAUCCGUUGAGUUCAAUAGCUCUAGGGCAAGGGAGAGGUCCAGAUUGAUAUCUUAUCAAGAG